AUGCAUCUAAGCUCAGUGCAAGUGUGCGCGUUGUUGACGCUGGCGCUGGCGGCGGCCGCGCCUCCCCCCGCGCACCACGUCGCGCGCCGCUCCUUCUUCCACCUGCAGUGCAAGGGUGUGUACGACGCGGCCAUAUUUGCCCGUCUCGACCGCAUCUGCGAUGACUGCUUCAAUCUGUUCAGGGAGCCCCAGCUGUAUACUCUGUGCAGGAAAGACUGUUUCACAACAGAUUACUUCAAAGGCUGCGUGGAGGGAUUAGGGAUUAGGUCAAAAUGUUUCACUUCGCCCUACUUCAAGGGUUGUAUGGAGUCUUUGUACCUCUACGACGAGGAGGAACAGUUAGAUCAAAUGAUCGACUUCAUCGGGAAACGC